GGGUGGAGCUAAGAAAACUAUGGGGGAACCAACUUCAACAAAACAUCGGAACUAAUGACAGGGUGAUCGCAAACACUGGGGAAGGAUCGAGCGGGCGGACCGGAAGUUCACGGUCACAUUGAAGCGGUGCAUUGAAGAGAACUCAUGGUACACAUGCGAGUGCACCAGCAGUAGGAUCUAGUCAUGAUUGUCUCAAGAGUAAUUCCUCGGCUAAAUGUGAUCUUCAGAUUGUCUGGUUUACAUCAAUACCAGAGCAAGUCUUUACACAAUGCAGUGCAACACUGGCGUUCUUCCAGCUUUAUUACAAAUAAUACACAAAAAUACUCCACGUCAGCCAAUGACAACACUCAGCCCCUUAAACCUUGGACAGUUCUUGAGCCUGAAUUAGAGGAAUUCCUUGUUCCCCGAAAACUCUCCGUUACGCCUUUAGAGAGCUGGCUUUCACUGCGGUAUUCACUACCGCCGCUUCUCGAGGCUCCUGUCCCUUUGGAGGAAGGCGAGUUGAUUGAGGAGGCUGUGGUGUUGCCUCCUUCAGCUGUUCCUGUACUGGAGGAUGGCGAGAGUUCAACACCACUGAGCUGUAAGAAUGUGCUGGAGAUCCGGCGUAGGAAGAUGAACAGACACAAAUAUAAGAAGCUGAUGAAACGAACCAAGUUUCUGAGGAGGCGGGUUCUGGAGCGCAGACAGAAAAGAAAGCAGAUUAAAUUUGAGAGGGACCUUGUGAGAAUCUGGAAGCGAGCAGGACUAAGAAAAGCCCCUGAGGGAUGGACCACACCGAAAAUCUUCGUCAGGCAUCAAGUAAAGCGUCGCUGAUUGUUUUCUGAGUAAAACAAAAACUGUAAAAUAAUAUAUUUGUUUAGAGCUGGUGUUGCUUUUUGGAUCAUCUACUUGUCAUUUCUACAUCAUGGAGGAAACACGUGACCUGCCUUCUCUAUUACAGAAAUAAACAA